GUGGCUUCUGUGACACACAAAGAAGAGAGCAAGCGUUUGGAGAAGGUCGUGAGUAUCCUCACCUCGACCAUACCCUUCGCCUAUACUUUUGCUCCGGUCACAUCUGCUUGGAUUUACACCAAUACAUCACAUAGGACCCUUUGGAUCCUGUCUGUAGCUGUGCUGGUUGCGGGCGCGCUGCAUGUGGCAUUUAUAGUUCCAGCGGCACCACCGACUCGCCAGAUGACAGCCAUACGGAGACAUUCAGUGCACGAUGCUGAUAACUUGGUGACUGGAGAAGGUCAUUCCGCUGACCACUCGCCUUUGUUGACCGCCAAAAGCACAUCGCGAAAACCAAGUUUCCGCACGAGGCUACAAGCCAUCAAUCCCUUGGCUGCAUUGCCGUUAGUAAUGAGCAAUGUUGUGGCUGCCAAUUAUCUGCUGACGCUCUUUAUUGAAACGUUGGUGCAAGGGGCGCUGUUUCAGACCAUGGUCCUGUACGACACACAAUACCUAGGUCUCAACGAGGUACAAAACGGCGAGUGCAUGCUCGUUUGGGGUACGUUUCUGGCCAUCUCGAGUGUCUUAACGGUGCGCGUACAGACCCUUUUGGGACCUUUAGGAGCCAUAGUAGCGGCGUGCUCGGGUAUGACCUAUGUAUCACUGAUUAUGGGCAGCCUAGUGAUACCAUCGGCCCCUUACUGGGCGAGUCUCGGGUUCUUCUUCGGUGGACAGAUACACGCGACGUGUACGAAUGGGGUUGCCGCACAGUUCUCGUCCGAGUACCAGGGACGCGUGCAGGGAGUUGCCAAUGGGGUGAAGUUCUUAGGUGAAGGUCUGGGACCACCCAUAGCCGGGUAUAUGAUGAAUAAGUUUCGAACUAUCGGGCACGCAGGAUGGGCGUACAAUGUGCUAGGGUUUCUGUCAAUAGGCUGGACUCUGUGGCUUAUCUGGACUAGAGCUAUACUGCCAAAGACGGAGCUGACUGCGGUGUGUGUGCUGGAUGAUUCGAGCGAAGAAGAUGCACUGGAGACGUACACGCCGGAACAGGGUCGUAGUGGUGGGCUUGUGAAGACAGAAACAACACCUUUGCUCACGUGAGAGAUCUAUCUUCUCAACCAGUCGACUAGUUUAAUACUCGUCUAAUGAUGUGUUUCAGGGCUUUAUAUCCAGCUAAAGACAAGGAUUUGUACACGGUGUAUGAUUUUGCUAGAGGAAGCGAAUGAGGAAUGCACACACCGGAACAGGGUCGCGGCUAUGGAUGUGUUAGAGAAUAGAAACUUGUCUGCCCACUGCAGGGGUGUACUUCUCACCCAACUGAUUUGUGCCAUGAGGUCGAAGAAUGUGUUUCUGGACUGAAAUGCCAGUACCCGGUAGGGAUAUGUAUAUGGCGAGUGGGCUAUCAGAGUUGAGGGAGAAGGUUCACUGGUGAGACACACAUCAGUACAAAGCCGUGGGAGCGCUAUGUCAUAACGGGCAGGACACAUUGCUAACUUGGAGGAGUCACUUAUCGCAUAACUGAAGUGUGUGAUCGUGGUGGAAUGUGUGGUGUAGGAUAUACUGUUCAUUGAUAAUUUUUCUUCAUGCAAUGUGCGUGCUGCGGAAAAUCGGAUUGAAGAUGGUAUUUUGGCAAUGUAUCGCGGUGGCGGGCAUGUCAGCCGUAUGCAACAUCUUGCUCACGUGGUUAGGGUUUAAUGUUCUGUCGAUUGCUGACGUGAUGGAAGGCUGUAGUGCUAUACCCUAUGGAAAAUAUGCAACCGAUGACGGUGGACAGUGGUUAAAUAUAUAAUCGCCCUCUGGUGAGCGUGUAUGUUCAGGAACUGCCAUGCAAGAUGGAUCGACGAUGGAGACCACAUACGACCUGCACGCUGGAAUAAGGUUGGGGGUAGGACGAGCAUUGGUAGGUGCUAAGGAUACAUCCACAUCGUUGCUCGUAUAUCAGAGAAAAACAGGAAAAGACAACAUAUUGCGCAACGUAUUAUCUUAGUCUAACUAGAUGAAAUAAUAGUUGGGAGCCGUAUUCAUCAACAAUUGAUGAUUCUGCAGAUGUUGAUACCGCGCAGUAAUAGCAACCAUCGGCGUAUGCCGGUCACGCGCGAUGGGAUUUUCCAUGGGUCCUGCGCUGUCAGGAGAGGUGUAUCAAUUUGGCGCAAGUAUACUUGCUCUUGAUACAUCCACAGUGAUAAUCGAACAGAAAUCUGAAUGACAAAUGUGUAUCUUAAAUCUGGAGGUCAUCAGCUCUACAUCAAUAUACAUCAUCCUAGCGCCGGAAGAACUCAUGGAAUAGGACUAAGAGGUAUACCCUAAGUGUACGCUCUAGGUCAAAAAACGCAUAAGGGGCUUGAUGUUCCAGUGUACAUAGGAUGGAGUUCGUUGUUGUUGUCAAGAUCAUUCGAUAGCCUCGUUACUGACGCGGUAAACCGAGUACAGACUAUAAGUUACUUGCUUCAGCAAAGUGAAAUACUCCUGACUACUUACUGGCAGCCUCAUUCGCGCAAGAGUUAAAUACGGGACUUAGUAUAAUAGCGACUGACCGUCAAUACACUGCACAUUAAACAGACUAGCAGCACAAGUAAAAUUACAGCUCGGCGCAUAUAUACUAUUCGCUUUGUUAGUUUUCGCACCGCGAAUAGUUGUGAAUAGGCAAGCUGUUUUACUAAAAAAUAAACAAGAAUAAUGAUGA